GCAAUAUAAGGAGAACCCUGUCUCUUUAAAAAAAAAAAAAAAUUAGCUGGGUGUGGUGGCAUGUACCAUUGGUCUCAGCUACUCAGGAGGCUGAGGUGAGAAGAUCGCUUCAGCAUGGGAGGUCGAGGCUGCAGUGAGCCAUGAUCACUGCACUCCAACCUGGGUGACAAAGGAAGACUGUCUCAAAAAAAAAAAAAGUCACUAUCAUUCAACCACUUUUACUGCACGCUAAUGUUGGGUGGUUGGGUGGAAUGGGAGACAGAAACAAGCAAGUGGUCUCGGGCCUCACCUGCAUCUCCAGUGUAUAAAAUAGAAAUCUGGAGAUAUACUGCUUGCCGCGUCAUGGAGGUCAGCCCUGUUCCCUUAGUCCCCAGGGCACCCCCCAAAUGAGAGGGUUCUGUGAGAUGUAGUUUGAAAAACACUAACUUAGGGCAAGAGGGGCCAGGAGGCAUCAUCUGAAAAAGAUUUGGACAAAUUGGCAAUCUGCCUAUGCCAGGUUAACUCUGGCCCUGACCCAGCCUUCUCCUCUUGCCCCAGGAUCCUCUUUGGAGAAGCAGAGGCAGCAUUUUUUUUUUUUUUUUUUUUUACCAUCUGUCUCCAAACUGGGGUCACCCUGAUUUGGGGACGCAAAAUUAGGUAAUGUCUGACCUUUGGGCGUAGCCUGGACCAUAUCCUUUUCAGCCCAGUUACCUGAGGCCUCAAGGAAGAACUCAACUCCCAGCACCAGGUCACAACCACCUAGUGUUGGAAGGGGAUCACCACACUUGUCUGGGAACGUCUCCUUGGCUGUGGUGUCUGCCCCAGACAGGGAAAGUAAGCAGUGGGAUUCAAUAAUGUAUCAAGCAGCAGCCAGGGCCUUCCUGCUCUGACUGUUCUUGGCCCCUCUAGCAGUCCUCAGAUCUUCAGAUCAGCCCUCCCAGGGUCAGCAGAACAGGGAGCUGUGAAGGUAAGGGGCAUGGAGGAAUCUGUCACCUGGCUGAAGGGCCCUCGUUUUAACUACUGUGCCCCCAAUGAUCUCCUAGGAGCUUUGCCUGACAAGGGGGAUCUGAUGCACGACCCAACAAUGGACGAGGAGCUGGAACGGCUGUAAGUGUCAAGUGGGAGGAUGCUGCCCCCUUGUGGGGGCCAGACGGGUUGAACACGGCUGCGCCCCAUCUGGGGCCAACACCACUUGUCUGUAACAUCCUGCAUCUGCCAGGGAAGGGUCUGGGGGCCAGCAGAGGCCUGAGACGUCCCUCCCUCUGAGUCCUUUGGGGGCUGCAGCCCAGGGGUUUACCCUAGUGUAAGAGUGGGCAUGGAGGCCCCGCUCUCUGGACAGCAGGCCUCUCGCUGCCCUCCAGGCUUCUUCCCUUCUUUAGGCUGGCCCAGGUCCCAGGCCUGGUCAACUCGAUCACAGCCAGUCCAGAGGCCAGUUGCCUGCCUUCCCGGACCCCUCCCCGGGUUGGCUCCCCCUGGAGACCUCUCCAUCAUUCCCGAAAAGUGGAUGGAGAGAGCGAUGGCUCCACUGAAGAGACAGACGAAUCGGAGACUUGAGGAGUCCGAAGGGUCCAGCCCACAGCGCCCUAUACCUGCUCCCACCCAGCCCUUGGCGUGCCCACCCAGCCUCCUCUCCAGCACCUUGUUGUGCUGCCCUCUGCUGCUGACAAGGCGAAUAACAGCCCCAAGAGCGGCCAGAGGGGCGCUGAUGAUCAGCCCAGCCAGUGGCCCCGGAAGGGAAUGGCCUGCUCUCCCUGGUCCUGUCAGCCUGCGAACUUCACUCAGGCCCCAAGCUGACAGCCUGUGCUGAAGCCACCAUAUCACUAGGAAGGGGACUUGGCCGUAGCCUGUUAGUCCUCCUAACCUCUUAAGAAGAGCGGUCUCUUCUGAACCAGUCUCUGCUGGUCCCCUGAUAAGGUUCAUCUCCUCACAGCAAUUCCAUUAAGGGGGAGAACCCGAAUAGCCACGUAGGGCCUUGCACCAUCAAGGGUGACACCUGCAACGCAAGUACCAGGAGGACAUAACCGCUGUGGCCUUCUGUUGGAGAACAGCCAGUAGCCUUGGUAGGAUGGAGAAGGGUGGGCCAGAAGAUGAUUUCACUUGCAAAAACUGCUUCAAGUCUUGACCCCUUUGUGUCUAAUAGCUAAACAUGUGAAACAAAUAAAGUCCCUCGUGUCUGGUAA